AUACAGACGAUGAAGAUGUCAGGAAAAACGCAAACCAGAAAUAACAAGGGGAAAAAGAUGGAAGCGUGACUAUUAGGAAGGAUUAUAUAAAUGCGUCAUUCAUUAAGGGAUACAAUCAGAAUGAAAAAUACAUUGCGGCACAAGCGCCGUCAAAAUUGACUGCGAAUGAUUUCUGGAUCAUGGCAUGGGAACAGAAAAGUAGCUUUAUCAUCAUGCUGACAGAGAUCCCAGAAGAGGGAUUAUCUCGCUGCGAAAAGUAUUGGCCAGAUCUUGACAAACAUGAGACAUUUGGUGACAUUACAAUUACAUGCUACGAUUGUAAUCAAUAUGCUGACUAUACUGUUCGACUACUCAAACUGAGCUUGAAGAACGGCCAUGAGAGAGAAAUAGUACACCUUCAGUUCACUGCCUGGCCGGAGGAGGGCUGUCCGGUAUCUGCUAUUGACUUCAUACAGUUUCAUCAGAAAUACAGAACUUUGACUAAAGGCCGCCACGGAAUGGGCGCUACUAUUGUACAUUGCACAGCCGGAGUGGGAAGAACUGGUGUAUUUAUUGCACUGGACAUUCUCGUAGAAGAAGGUCUGGAUACACUAAAUGUGGAUGUGUUUAAGUGUGUUGUUGCACUGCGAGAACAACGUGUGGAUAUGGUGCGCUCCAUUGACCAGUAUGAGUUUUUGUAUAAAGCUGUAGCUCAGACGUUUGCUUUAGAGGCACAGCCUUGUCAUAAAGUGAGGUUGCAAGACAAACUUACUGAGCUGAAAAGGUUUGAUCAUGACAGUGGAAAAUCAAAACUGGAACUUCUUUACCAGAGCUUAAAGGCUUCCUUGGUAUUGGAUACUGCUGAAAUAGCGACAGUUGAUGUCCUUCAAGAAAGGAAGAGCAAGGACAGGCCAACAAGUGAUGUACCCGAUGUUCUCUUCAGACCUGAUUUACCGCAAAAUAUUUACAUAAACGCAGUCAUAUUUGAGUCGCUAAGGAAGAAAGAGGCUAUAGUAGCAACGCAAAUGCCAACACCGGACACACUUCAAGAUUUCUGCCAGUUACUGGUCUAUCAUCAAUGCGCCACGGUCAUCAUGCUAAACCCCAUAGACCCUAAUGACAAGUCAAUUGGAACAUACUGGCCCACGGCAAAGACGCCAGUGGUUGCUGGUAAGAUGAUUAUUUCCCAGUUAAGUAUAGAGAAGGAAUCCGACUAUAUUAUCAGACAACUCAGAAUCCACACUCCUGAGACUGAUGACGACUCCCCGGCGCACGAAGUAACUAUGAUUCAGUAUAAAGGAUGGAAGAUAGUUAAGAAUGUACCAAACGCAAAAAACAUGCUGAAAAUCCUUCAAGUGUGUCAGAGAUACAUCAGGGAUUUGCCAGAUAAGCGCCUUUUAAUCCAUUGCAUGAAUGGAGCUGAACAAAGUGGUUUGUUUUGUGCUUUGGUGAAUUUGUUAGAGAUAGUAGACUUUGAAGACGAAGUUAGUGUAACAAGUGUCGUUAGAAAGAUACUAGCGAGAAGGCCAAAUGCGUUACCUACUAUGGACCAGUUUGAGAUGUGUUUUGCCGCAACAUGUGAAUAUAUCAAAAAGGCAUGAUUGUGUUUUGGUAGUGUUGUGCGUGUAACGGACUGUUGACAUUAGAACAUAUAUUAUUUACUGAGAGAAGCAGACAGUGAAGCAGACAGUUAAAAGUUCUUACAUGGUUACUGUGGAUAUAAAUUAUUUAAUAUCUGUACUUUUGGUUAUAUUUUGCCAUUGAAUAUAUAUCAUAUAUAUACUGCUUUAUCAAUAUAAUCAUGUUUUUUAACUGUGUAAAAAAUUGAUGUACGUUUACCUUAAUCUUGAUAGACCUAAUGAGUUAGUAUUAUCUACAUACUAAGGAUGACUAAAUUUGUUAUAUUUAAAGUUACAUACUGUUUUCGCUUGUAAAAUAAAUGCAGCAUAUGUAAUUUGACACUAGAUUCACUAAAGACGAAUCAUACAGACAAGUUACUUUUUAAAUGAACAUUAAUGCUGUCAAAACUAAUACUGCAGUAUAGACAAAACACUUAUGUUUAUAUUAGUUAUAAAAGAGAUAAAGUUUCACUUUCUGAAUAUCUUUAAAACUCAAAACCAUACGCUAUAUGAAUUUUAAUAUUUAACAGAAUAACAGAAUUUUUCAAGGUAUUUAUAGUGUUAACUGUACUGUUGUGUGAAUUAUUGAUACAUGUGUAUUUUUAACAUUAUCAAAAUAAAUGUAAAGCUUUUAUCUUAAAGUUUAAGUACUAAUUUCUAAUAAAUUUUUUUGUGCUGUGAACAAACAUAAAUGUCGGACUACAGUGGGAUAUUUUCUUAACAAUAAAAUUAUUUACAAGUUUUGUACUCUAAAGGAAUAGGAAUAGUAGCAACUUUCGUGGUGAUACACAUGUAUUUGAUUGUAGUAUUCAAUAUUUUUGCAGUAAAAAGGGUCAUUGAUGCUAUUAAAAAGGGAAAACCCCCAGGUGCAGACAAUAUUUGCUCUGAUGUUCUACAAAUUAUGCAUCAUAAGCGAAAUUUUAUGCACAAUGUUUGUUAUCGACAAUGCUAUUUUUGGGAUGGAAACCCUCAUGUUCAUCUCAGAAACAAAGGAAGUGUUACAGUUCUAUGGAAAAGGUUACUUCUUUGAUAGAAUAUGAAUUUCUAAAUAUAUGAUUGCAGCUACAAUGCAAAAUGAUUUCCGGAAGAGUGGCUGCAUUUGAGAUUCACUUGAUAUUUUCUCAAUGAGUCAUAAUCAUUUCAGCAUUAUUUUUGUCCAUCAAUAUUAACUUUUGUCUGAUCAUGUAAUAGAUCUUCGUUUUGAAUAACAGGAACAGGGCGUUUUUUUUUUUCUAAGAUUUCUUAACCUUGCUUUAAAUCACGUUUAUGUCCCUGAAAAAUGUGCGGUAGAGUCGGUACACAUCAUGAAGCUGAACUUUCGGAAUCAAUUCACACUGUAGAAUAUAUCAUAAAUAAAACUAUGUUUAUAGAUAAAAACAUUAUCAUACAGCAUUUUGAGCUAUUUCAACCUUGACUACAAGAAAGACAUUGCGCACGGGAGAGUACCUGUACGGUACCUUCAUGAUAUGACAUGCUAUUAUUUCCCCUUUUCUACAAAAAGGAAGUAAGAAAGUAUAUAUACGUAUCAGCCUAAUAUUACACAAAAACAACAAAUGAAAACAAAAGUUAUUCAAAGCUGAAUAUAACGCCUUGUAUUCGUCUGUCACAAGAUUUUAGCCUUUACCUAAUGAUUAUGUUCUUCAGCGGAUAAAUAUUGAAUGUUUUAUAACAUUUUGUUUUUGUUUGAAUAUCGACACAGACCUGGCGAAAUGGUAAUUUCAUUUGAUAUAUUUUUGCAUUAUAUAAAUAUAUUUUCACUCUUUGGUCUGGAAAACUCAUAACUGGCAAAUCAACAGAAGACAGUCUUUUUACACAUGCCUGCUCAGGUAUUUAAGGUAAGCAGUGGUCUAGUGGUUAAAAUGUCGGCCACUCUACCCAGAGGCCAUUGUUUCAAGUCGCACUGGGGUCGCAAACAUGCAUUUUAAUUUGACACUAGUACUGAAAUUCUCCAGGAAGCAGACUUGAGAGAGAUUUAAUCAGCCCGAAGCUCUCAUCACAGCCAACCGCUAAUAAAAUAGCAUUAGCCAAUUAUUGGUUGUUACCGGUGUAUUUAAUACAACCUCUCCAAAGCGGCCCUCUCUUAAACAAAAACCUCUCUAUAACAACAUCUUCAAAAUGUCCCUAAGCUGAAAUAUACUAUCAAGUUUGCCUCUCCAGAACAACAACCUCUACAUAGCAGUUAAUAUUUGUAUCUCCCAAAGGUGUUGCUGUACAGAGGUUGCACUGUAUUUCAUAAACACAUGGUGCAAUGGGUAUGGAACAUUAGGUUGAUUAUUACUAUGAAUAUUGAGUAAGGGCCUCCGUGGCUGUGUGGUAAAAGUCUCUGUGACUUUGAAUCACUUUCCCCUCACCAGUGUGGGUUCGGAACCUCGUUAAGGUGAUAGGAUUCUUCAUGCGAAGAAACCGUCUAACUGGCUUAUGGAAGAUCGGUGCCCAUCCAUGCCUCAAGCAAUGCUCGAAUGAGCAUCUAGGCUCCACCAUGCUUGACAAGUCGCCACUUGACCAAAAUUGUGUGGGUAUGACUCUAAAUCCCAACAAAACAAUAUCAAGGCAGAAGAUAAAAAUAAAAAAAAGAUUUUAACUUUCAGUUGCUUGUAUUUUUGCAUGCUUUUGUAGUUAAUCAUACAUACAUUUACAUAUUUUAGAUAUCUAUAUAGAGUGUAACAUUUCUGUUGUAAAAUUGUAUCAAACAGUGUUCAGAAGCUUUAAAUUUUAUAACUGUUUUAUAUUAUAUCACCUAGCAAUAUCUCUGUUAUCAGGUCUGUUAUUCGUAACAUAUUUUAAUUAUAGUUUGCUAGUUUGCGCAUUAUUCAAAUCACUAAUGUCUAAAUACAUGUGUUUAUUUCAAUAUUUAUUGGAUCUUUCACUACAAGUUUCUUCAUCAUGUGAAUAUUUCUAUAAGUUGUGAAUAAAUCUUUUUAACCGAAACAAAAGUAA